AUCUGAAUUGUUGCCAUCUACUGACUUCACUCAUCGGCCCAAUUUAGUACGCCAUGUCAGGAAAGAGCGGCGGGCUCAGUGUGCUCCUCGAACGACCACGACCGAGUACAUUGCAACAAUUCAUCAAAGAGCCCUGCAUAUUCCUAGCAAAGAAACUGUAUAAGUGGCGUUGGAUUAUUGGUUUCGAUCCUAUCAAACCCAUCGCUAUUGUCUGCAUCUCAGAUACGCACAACAGUCAGCCAUCCGACAUCCCUCCUGGUGAAGUCUUGAUACACGCGGGCGACAUAACGCAAACCGGCACCCUAAAAGAGAUACAGACGUCUCUCGAUUGGAUCAACUCAUUACCACACCCCCACAAAGUACUCAUCGCCGGUAACCAUGACAUCCUUCUUGACCAUACCGAUCCACGCGCCGAUCCGGUCGCAAACGCGUCCAUCAACUGGGGUAACAUAACCUACCUUGACUCUGAGUCAACGACGAUUUCCUGCACCAACGGUCGCGAACUCAAAAUCUACGGCAGUCCUCUCACCCCACGCCAUGGCAACUGGGCGUUCCAAUAUCCGCGCAACCAAAAUGUGUGGCACCAUAAAAUCCCAGCAGGCACAGACAUACUUAUCACGCACGGUCCGCCAAAAGGCCAUCUCGACGCAGGUUACUUUGGAUGCAAACACCUACUUGAUGAAGUUUGGCGGGCGAAGCCUAGGUUGCAUGUGUUUGGACAUGUGCAUGAUGGGCAUGGGAUGGAGUGGAUACAAUUUGACGGGUUGCAAAGAGCAUACGAGAAUAUAGUCAUAGCCGGUGGAGGACUCUGGAAUCUUAGCCGAGUCGUCUUUGAAUUCCUUCGUGCUCACUCCACCCCCAUAAAGGAAUCUAGGGUGCUUUUUGUUAAUCCCGCUAUCGCCGGAGGCCUCCGAGAUGAGCAGAGACGACCUCCAAUAACUGUACAUGUGUAAGUUCAAUGUAGUAUUAACAUACUUCAAGCCUUAGAACCAUAUAUGAGGAUUGUUCUUCGGUAUCUGCGAGCAGAGUGCAUCCAUUUGUGUGCAUCCUCGCUAAACAAAAAUAAAAAUUAAACAAGUC